UCUCUAAACAGCACACAACUUAAAUCCCCUCGCGUAUACGACUGAACGUCUUUUGUAGAUGAGACCAAGAAGAUGCGCCUAAAUUAUGUAAUCUUACAAAACUGGAAUCGAUAUCGCCCGGUCACCUCGUGUUUGUGUGAAACGAAAAAAGUCCCGUUUUGGUACAUACUAAUGAUGUGGGGUUUUUUUCCUUCAACUGUCAACAACUGUUUCCUUGAGAACCAUAUGGUCAUGUCCAAUUUUACCCACGUGGGUAAUGGAUCGUGCAACGCGAUGAGUGGCUAUAAAAUUCAGAGUCGUGCUAAGCUUAGGCUACUCUUCUGUCUUGGUGAACGGAGCGAGACUUGGUGCAUUACGACAGAGACUGACUUCAUCGGUGGGUAAAAGUGUGGGCUAAAACUGCACAUUUCACCAUGAGGAUUCAAUCGGUUAACAGGGUUUUUGUAAUCUCCGUGGCGUGGUUGGCGUGCAUCGCACUGGCAUUUCACACCGGCCGAGAGGACGCCUACUCGGUGGGCGAUACCACGGAGCUUGACUUCGACGCUGCUGGUGACGUCGAGCUCUUAAACGAGCUGGAGAAACAAAUCGCCAGUGCAAAGAAAUGGUUUGCUGAACAAGAAUUAGCAACGACAGCAGAGGGCCGUCCGAAAGAGAGAACAAGACGUGACCCCCACGACCUGCUCCAUCACUUCGGAUUUACGCACGCGCAGUCAAAACUACUCGCGAAUGCUGCGCGUGCGUUGCAGAACGUAAGCGGAAUUUACAGAAGAGUCUUUUCCGAGCUGUCCCCCGAGGGGAAGCGACAGCUAUGCGAAGCCGCUGGCUAUGAACUCACUACGGACGACUGCCCUUCUUCAACCAAGUACCGCACCAUCGAUGGCACAUGCAACAAUCUCAUCAAUGUGAACUGGGGAAAGGCGUUCAGUCCUUUUGUGCGCAUUCUUCCGGCUGCAUAUGCCAACGAUUCGGCCGCUCUGAGGCUUGCGAAGUCUGGAAAUCCACUCCCAGGCGCUCGUGACGUCAGCAUGAAGCUAAUCGAAAACGAGAAUAAUGUGAAAGCCGAACCCUGGACGGUCCUAAUAAUGCACCUGGGGCAGUUUCUGGACCACGACAUAGACCACGCGGCCCUUCAGAAAGUUAACUGUACUUGCGAGACCACUGACAAGUGCUUACCGAUCGCUAUACCGGAGGAUGACCCGUUUUUCGAGCAGCCCUGCCUCAGGUUCGCCCGCUCCGUCCCCGUUCCCGAUGCGAACUGCAACAUCGUCCCCCGUCAGCAGGUGAAUCAGAUCACGUCCUUCAUAGAUUUGUCCCAAGUCUACGGCUCAACUCUGGAGAAAGCGAUGGAGAUGAGAGAUGUGAGCCAAGGCAAAGGUCUGCUGUUAGCCAUGGACGACCCAAGUAACAGUGUCGGGAAAGAACUACUACCAAACGAUGAGGAACACACAGACUGUGUCUUCGCUAACCCAUUGUUGAAAUGCGGCCUUGCCGGGGACGUGCGAGCGGCCGAGCAGCCGGGCCUGACCAGCAUCCACACCAUACUGCUGCGGCAGCACAACCGCAUCGCUAAGAGACUCUCGGAGUUGAACCCUGACUGGGACGACGAGACGUACUACAACGAGGCACGGAGAAUCUGCAUCGCCAUGUGGCAACACGUGGUUUAUAAUGAAUAUCUACCCCCUCUUAUGGGAUCCCAGAAUAUGGCUAAGCACGGUCUCCGAGUUCACCCGGACACCUUUUUCUACGGAUAUGACCCUUACCUCAACCCCGGCGUCUUCAACGUCUUUGCGGCAGCGGCUUACCGUGUUGGACACACGCAGGUGCCUUCCACACUGUUGAAAUUGGACCGGGACCAUAAUGUGAUGGAGCAGGUGUCACUCAGCGAGGCUUUCUUUAACGCCACUUACAUGAACACCUCUCACGGUCAGGGAGGCUUGGAGGCCUUCAUACGAGGCAUGGUGGCUCAGGCAGUGCCCAAAGUGGACCUAAGCAUGACUAACCACUUGACCAAGCACAUGUUUGCAGAUCCCCCUGGCGGGGAAGGCCUUGACCUGGCGGCACUCAAUAUCCAGCGGGGCAGAGAUCACGGCAUAGCAGCGUACAACGACUGGCGUGUGCACUGUGGCUUGCCUCGGGCGUCAAGCUUUGAUGAUCUGAAGGAUCACAUGACGGAAACCACCGUCCAGAAGUUCAGGGACGCUUACGAUGACGUUGAUGACAUUGACCUGUUCCCUGCCCUGAUCGGCGAGGAGACGGGAGACGGCCAGCUGAUGGGACCCACCUUAGCUUGCCUAGUGGGAGAGCAAUUCCACGCCCUCAAGUUUGGCGAUCGGUUCUGGUACGAGGACGGAGUUGGGGAUCAAGCUUUUACCAAAGAUCAGCUCACUGAAAUUCGCAAGGCAACCUUUGCCCGCCUGUUCUGCGACAACAUGAACGAUUUACCAACGAUUCAGCCGUACGUAUACAUGGAACCAGACGUGGGCACAGUACCAUCAGAUUCCACCAAUUCGUUUUACGAGUACAGCAAGGCUAAUGACUUCCCCAAUUCUAACGGGGCAAUGCCGGGCUUCUUCAAUGGACGGGUGUCAUGCAGUGAUACAGCGACUAUUCCCCAGCCUUCUGUCGAGCCAUGGAAGGAGGGAUACGUUGAAAGCGAUGGUGCGUCCGGUGGCAAGGACCUGCCUUUUAGCCUCCGUCAAGAACACGUGAUCUGGUACCGGCUGCAAGACCAAUCAUAAGCCUCUUUUAGCCAGGCGCCAUGUCUGUCGGCACACUGAUAGCCCAAUUUCAGGCUCUUCAGAUUUUGAUUGUUUAUAUUUCCGAAAGCUAAUACUAAAACUUUACGUCUUCGUGUGGUGACUGGAGGUUUUUUUUGGAAAUGAAAAGGGUACAUUUGCACAGUUUCUGUUUUGCAAAUUUUAAAACCUUGUUUUUUGCUAUGAAUUUGCGAUUUGUUACCUCUGCCGAGAAGAGAGCAGAGUGGGGGCAGGGACAUGCCCCUCAGAAGAGGAGAAAAAUAUACGUUUGGAAAUAUAAUUAAGGUGAUCUGUUGGGUCUACUUCAUUUCUCUUCCUUUAAAGUAUGUAAGAACCCCCCAAAAUGUAGUCUAACCCCUCAGAAAGGCGAUAAAAAGUUUCAUAAAAGAAUUCCAUAUUCGUUGGCCCCCCUCCGAAUAAUGUGGUUCUGUAUACACCCUUACGCUGGGGCUAUAUACUGCAGUACACUCCGAAUGAACUUUCCGUUUCUCGGAGGAAGUAAUCAGUGAAUGUGAAUGGUUAACUUUAACAAAUUUAAUUCAUGAUAUGUAAUACAAAACUUCUGCAAAUUGCUUGCUGACUACAAUGACCUAAAAUACAAAUCCCAAAAUAUGGAGGGCUUGACGUUUCGAUCCUGGCAGAAUCUCUGUCAAAGGCUUUUGAGAAAGAUUCUGCUAGGAUCGAAACGUCAGGCCCUCCAUAUAUUUUGAAAUUUACUUCAUAUUUAACUGACCAAUUUGACUCAUAUUUAACGGUGAAAAGCAGAAAGAAAACAUACAGAGACAAGAAUGAUUUACCACAGACUGGGCAAAAAUUACUACGACUGAAAUUUCAGCUUGGUGGACAAUGCAGUUUUGUGGAGUUCUGUUUCAAAAACAAAACUUUAACUCCUUGCCAAUAAAAUAAAAAAUAAAUGGAGCCCUAUUGUAAUACUAAAUGCAUUAAUGUUAUGUCUUUGCAUUUAAUUUUACCUCCAAAUAUAGUUUGUGGCAAGAAAACUGCCUAGUAGAAAUAUCCAUCAGUGGGUUUUUACACGUGAGUCGUAUUUAGGUGUCAGUCAAAAAUGAUUUCAAGUAGUUUACAUUCAGUGAUUUAAUUUUGAAAUUUGCCAGACGUAAGUUUAUGGAUUUAUAUACCAAACAGUGCAUGAAUAAUCAAAUACCAAUAAUAGAAUAUAUUGAGAAUAUUUUCAGAGAAAUUAUCAAAAAUUACAUAAUAAACCCGUACACUUUUUCAGACGUCGUUAAAAUA